ACUGCAGUCAAAAUACAAAAAAGGGACAUAAAUUCAAAGAAAUGGCACAAGUUGCUUUUUUUGGACAACCUUUUAAGGGAGUACCUAGUUUUCCGUGGAUUCUCGAGUACUUUAAAAGCCUUGGACUUGGAACAACGAACUGAAAAGGACCAACACUUUAGGGCGGAAAGAAUUCUGGAGCAAUUCAAUAAUGCUGUUCAAAAUUCCGACCUUCAGACUCUGAGAAGUUUAUGGUUCCAUCUAGACAAUAACAUAUUUUCCAAAUUAGAGCACACUUAUGCCGUUGCCGUCAAGAAACUGGAAAACAGCUUGCUAAAGUACUACUUGAUAACCGCCUACAGCAGCAAUCGUUCCGAAAAGGUGUCCGAGUUCUUUAGCAAGCUGGCAGGUGAACUGCAGCAGCAGAGCGAAUGGAAGGAUUGGUUCUAUUUCCCCUUUUGCAAAAACGCUGAGGAGUCGCCUACCUUUGCCCUGUUUUUCACCAAACAAUGGCAGGAUACACUUCUCCUGUCGAUGCGCAACUUUCUGACCACCGUUUACCAGUGCUUGCCGCAGCCCACGUUUGUCCGGGCGGAGCAAGAGGCAGCUCACAUGCAACGCCUUAGCGAGGACAACGCCGCACUGCGCACACGCCUGCUAAACCUGCAGCAGGAGUUGCACCAGGUUACUAAUCAGCAGCCGGGAACUUCGGUCACCAGUGCCAGCGGAGGCUCUCUCGGUGGUGCUGAUGGUGGCGCUCGCAGGCGGAGCGUCUAUCGCCAACAGCAGAGCCUAAGCGACAUUCUGCCCUUCGAUAUCAGUCCUCCUGGCCAUAUCGUUGAUGACUUCUGCAUUAUUGCAUCCGAGGCAAACAGCGUAAGCCAAGCGAGCGAUGCCCAAGCCCGGGGUCUCAAAUUGCUCAUCCGAAACAUCGGUUCCGGCAGUUCGCCUGUAAUGGGGCGCAAGGACCAGACAGCCAGUUCCCUUGGCGAUAAGUCCUCUAAACGCAGAUCAGGAAGCGUGGGACGCAGUUGGAUUUAAAAAGAUCAGUAAAUAAGCCGUGCUAUCUGUAUUUACAGGUUGGAUACAACUUUGUGUAGCAAUACCUUUAAAUUAUCAUCAGAAAGACAAUUUAUAAUAUGAUCAAAUUCUGGUCGAACAAAUUAGUGAGUACAUUAAUUCUUAGUUUUUAAAUUAGUACAUCACCAGCAUUCCUUAUUUAAAGCUUAAAAUCAGCAACGUAAAUUUAAGAAUAUUUUACUUGAAUUAAAAAAAAUAAAUUCCCAAAAAUUGUAGUUUUGUAGUAAAGUUCUCUGAAUACGAUAUGGCUCUCGGCCACCAACUAAUGCAUUCUGUAGAACUGGUUCUUAAGUCUCAGUCCUAAUUGCACUCAUCAAAAUUGGUCAGCCAAGUCCACAAUUUUUGGACCAAAUGCAUUUUGAAGCACCAGGCGAACAUAAAGCUAUAGUAGUAUAGUAUAGUUCGAAUUUCUUAUUUGUUCCGAAAAGUAUGCCACACAUUUUUUAUGGAAAGUCUUGUGAGUCUUAAAUGCGAGUCUAGUCAAUUAACUAUUGUUUAAUUUAGAAUCCAAAGCUGUGUCCCCGUUCACCGCCUAGGCUGAUGCCAUGUGGUUUUCCCUGAUGAGUCGGGAGACCAGUUACAAAUCGAGAAUAUACUAGUUAUCAUUAGGUUUUUUUUUUGCCGAUAUUUUCAAAUUUUUAAACCAAACUUUGCUGUCGAGAGUGGAGUUUCAUAAAGCUUUGGGAAUGCAACCAAGAUAAAAUCGACCAUUAGAGAACCCCAUAUAGGCAAAUAUACCCUCCAAAGAAAAACUGCCAAGUAUUAUCAAGUAUGUUAUCCAAUGUGUUUAAUUUAUAAGCGAUUCUCAUCAGUUCGUAGACGUACAAGUGUUGUACUACAAAACAAAGAGCAAUGCGUGUAGCGUAAUACAUAAUUGCAAUAAAUAACGUAAAAUUACAAAUAAAUAUAUUGUAGGUGUAUAGACGAUUUGUAUUCGUGUAUAAAACAUCUCCGUUUAUACAAGCAGCACAAUUUAAAAAAUACAGUUUAUUGUAUAAAGGUGUUGUGUAUAUAUAGUGAUAUAUGUAUAUGUUGCAUAAAGUAGCAUCGCUUUUGACUCGUUUCCGUCCGUCAAUAAAUGCAGUUUCGGCUUGGCUACGGAAGGGAA